AGAGGAAACAUUUGUUCACAUUACAGAAGAAGUCUUGUGUCCUUCACAACAGCAAACAUGGCGACUGCUACCAAAAUCAUCCAGAGGCUGCGAAAUCUUUUAUCUGGGCAUGACCUGCAAAGCAAACUGCAGCUGAGAUAUGAGGAGAUUGCAAAGAGGACACAGCCACCGCCCAAACUGCCUGUAGGCCCGAGCCACAAGUAUGCCAAUAACUACUACUACGCCAGAGAUGGACGCAGAGAGUCGGUGCCCGCCACUGUCGUUAUGUCCUCACAGAAGGCUCUCACCGCCGGCAGUCAAGUCGCUAAGGCCCCGAAGCUCCCAGUGACCCCAGGGGCUACAUAUAAGGAGCCAUCCCUCUCAACAGACCAGCCGUACCUCUGAACAGCAGGGUUAAACCCCUUCAGCAUCAACAACCUCAGUUCAACAUCCAGACCUGCUGUUAGAGGCCUGAAUACUUCAUGUGUUGGUUGUAUCCUGUACAAUAGAAAAUGUGAAUAAAAUGUGUUCUAUUUAA